UUCAGGGCCUUUAUCGAACAGCCUGGGUUCCGGUCGGAAGCAACAAGGAAGAGUUCAGCGAGAAGAUGAUCAAGCGAACCAAAAAACUAUCGCAAGCAUCUCCCCAUGCAGAAGAUGAAUCGAGGUCUCUUGCUUCUCGUCGUCGCAGCGGCGUCAGUGUCGGCCCAGGAUGUCUUCUCCACUUGUGCCUUGGCCUUGCAGUCUCUAGACUACAAUAUGGAAGUGACAGUUGCGACUUGCACAAAAAAAUACUCGACGGCUCUUCAAUCAUACAAUACAAACCCAAACUGCUCCUGGUUUGUUGGCCCAGCAUUUCCCAAUGCCGAAGUCUGUGAUCCGAUUGUAAUCGGUUUCAAUAAAUGCCUCCUUAAAACUACAGGACUUCUUAAAGCCGACGGCUCUUUCGACGACGCGGCCUUCAAGAAAACAGCGUUGCAGAACAAGUGCAGCUCGGACGCCAAGUUCUCAACCGCGUAUCAGCCUUGCAGGGACUCUACCAGGAAAUACUUAAACUAUAAUCGGUUCCUCUAUUGCCUAUGGGACCAAGUAAAUAUUUGAAGCUAAUGAAAGAGAAUGAAAUCACCCGGAACUCGGCAGACUGUACUCAUACGAAACACUACACGCAGAACUCACCAAGAACACGACUGAAAUCAACAUUAAUAUCAGGAUGCAGAUCUAAAUGAAGUUUGACUUUAUUAUCCCAGGGUUCGCAAUGUAGGGAAGUGUUCUGAGGAAGAUAAUCUAUAUUGAUAAUGAUAAUCACUAUCUUGACCUAUAUAUCAAUCUAAAUAUAUACUCCAUA